ACCACUCUAAUCUCAUUUGGUGUAGACCUAUUGUUACCAGAGAAGCAAAUGGAGUUCAGAACAGUGGCAAAGAAAGUGAUGGUUGUUGACGAAUUUCCGGAGGAAAUCGUAGAAAACAUCGUUGUUAGGUUACCUGUGAAAUCAAUUUGGAGGUUCAGGUGCGUAUGCAAGGAUUGGUAUAAGUUAUUGAAAGGAAACUCUAGGUUUGUUAGAUUGCAUUUGAAGCAUGCUGUAGAAUUGAACAGGUUUAAAUUCAUGCUUUAUUCCUUGCAUCCAUCUAAGAAGAACAUUUACACCAUAACUUACGAUCCAUCGACAUUUAGUGUGUCUAGCAGAAAAAGAGUAAUCACAAGUAGAAAGAAUCUCAUUGAUGUAAAAUACCCUUUUAAAUCCGAGAACACUACUGGAGUUGGAUUUUGGGGGUCUUGCGAUGGUUUAGUUUGUCUUAGUCCAGGGUAUUUGGCACGCAUGAAACAAAGCCUACUAGACGUUGUAAUGAUAUGGAAUCCAUCAACAGGAGAGUAUAGGAAAUUGCCACCUGCUCCGAUUGUUGGUAAACCAGAUUAUCUUGAAUAUGGAUUUGGUUAUGACCAAAAGAUUGAUGACUUUAAAGUAGUGUGUCUGGCGGGUAAUGACGAUAAGUUUUGGUGUCGCACUUGUGUAUAUACAUUGGGAGGGUCGAACUCAUGGGGACCAAUGAAGAAGAUUCCUUAUAAUCUGGCGUGCCAAGAACUUGCAGGGCGGCUACAAGAAGUACCCGAUAUGGGACGGCUUCCGGUUAAUGGAGUUAUUCAUUGGAUUGCAUUUCGUAAGUCAGGGCAAGUGGUCUCUAAAGUCAUUUUGUCUUCUAAUUUUGAGAAACAAGAAUUCGCAGAGAUUCAACUUCCUAACCCUUUGGAUGAAAGAUUUCAUACAAAUUUGUGCGUCUUGGAAGGGUCUCUCUGCUUACUUCAUAUGUCUAAGCUCAGAGUCGAUUUAUGGGAGUUGUCCAACUAUGAAGAGGAAAACUCUUGGACUAUGCUUUUUACCAUUGAUGCCGAGAAGGUUUUUGGGUACGUUGGAUAUCUGAUACCCUUGCGGUGUUUUAAGAACGGUAAGUCUCUUUUAGCAUUUGAUAGAGAUGGUGCAUUCAAUAUAGGUUUGUAUGAUUCAGAGCGUCAAACAUUUAAGCCAUUCAUGGUCUUUGGUGGUAUGAUCUCAUACUCAGUUUGCACUAUAUCUAUGUUGAAAGCUUACAUUCGCCUUGCAAAGAUACUACAUACCAAUUGAGGUCAGCAGAAGCAAAAGAAGCAGAUUAUGAUCACAAGUACGCUGGGACGAAUGCGACGGUGCGGUCUGCCACAAAAGAAAACAAACCAAAAUGUUGCCAAUAGAUUUCUUUCUUGAUGUUUCAAUUGUUUGGGAAUGUUCUUGUUUAUUUUAUUGCACCUGAAA